AUGGGUGCCGGCCGAGUCAUCUGUGUCGGCUUACCGUUGGUCCUGACAGUUGCUUCCAUUGUCGCCCUUCUCAUUGCCACCCUCUCCGGUGUUGCUCACAACCAACUAUCCAUGUUCCGCGUAAAUGUUACAGCGAUGAGCAUCAGCCCAGCCGACCUUCGCAAUCUUGCUGGCUCACUCGGCGUUAACCCCCGCGCCGACAAGACCAGCAACAUUACCGCUGCCGACCUCGGCUUGUCCAACGUGUACGAAGUCGAUCUUUGGGGCUACUGCUAUACCGAUAGUGACAACAAGCGCCAGUGUACAAAGCCCAAAUUUGACUGGGCCAACAGUGCUCUCAACACCUCAUACAUCGAGCAGCUGGGCAAGUCUACUGGUGUGGAGGGUUUCAAAAUUCCAAACGAGAUCCAGGGCGCCCUCAAGACGUUCCGCACUGUCGCCAAAUGGACCGAAGUUGCCUUCAUCGUUGCCCUCCUGGCACUCGGCAUCCAGUUGGCCCUUGGCAUUUUGGCUAUUUGCUCCCGCGUUGCGUCAUGCGUGACCUGGCUCGUCUCUGGCCUCACCUCUAUCUUGGUUGGCAUUGCUGCUGGUCUUUCCACUGCCAUGGCUUCCGUCGUUGUCGGCGCUAUCAAGGGCUCAAAGAAAUUCUACGGCAUCGAAGCCGACAUUGGCGUCCGAUUCCUGGCCACCGUUUGGAUCGCUACGGCUUUCUCCAUGGCCGCUGGCUUCUUCUGGAUAUUCACCAUCUGCUGCUGCAAACCCGAGAGCCGCCGUAGUGGUGGCAAGCGGCACCUCGAUUCUGAUGGCGAGAAGCUCAUGCCCAACGGAGGCGCCUAUCGUCCUAUUUCCCACAGCUACGAGAUGACUAGCGGUCAAAAUGACAACUACUACAGCCCAAACCAGCAGUUUCACGGCGGUUACUCAUCUGGCCCCCGGCAUCCUGCGGGCCAUGACCGAACUGACCUCGCGUAUGAACCGUACUCUCAUCGGGCAUAA